ACUGUAUCUUGGCUGGAACAGAAGGAGCAAGAAAGAGCAGACCCCUCUUACUCUGUAGCAGGUCCAUGGCAGCCCACGGUUAUCUCCUUUUCCUUGCAAAGUUUCAGACAAAGGGAGUGUUUCCCCAGGAAGUGUUCUUCACUGUCUGGCAGAAGAGGAAUCUUUCACCUUGGAAAAUGAAGAUGUUGUUGCCAUGGGAACUCUUAAUCCUUCUGUCACUCAAAGAGUGCCUUGCCGAGAACGCCCGGCACGGUCCUGUCUUCACCCAGGAGCCCAGUGACAGUAUUUUCCCUAUGAGCUCUGGCGACAAGUUGGUGUUUAUUAACUGCAAAGCGAAGGGUAACCCACCUCCACAAUAUAGGUGGAAAGUGGAUGGGAGGGAUGUAGACACAGACUCAGAUCCAAGCUACAGCCUUGUUGAAGGGAACCUGGUGAUCCAUAAUCCUCAUUUCAUCAAUCAUGGUGGAGUCUAUCAGUGCAUCGCUACAAAUGCUUUUGGAACUAUCGUCAGCAGGGAGGCCAAAGUCCAGUUUGCAUAUCUACAGAACUUCAGCCAAAAGCCACGAAACACAGUGACAGUCAGAGAGGGUCAAGCUGUGGUUCUCCUCUGUGGCCCGCCACCCCAUUAUGGAGAAAUAAAAUAUUCCUGGGUUUUCAACAGCCAGCAAAGCUUCCUGCAGCAGGACACCCGUCGCUUCAUCUCUCAGAGGACCGGCAAUUUGUAUAUAGCCAAAGUUGAAGCCUCAGAUGCGGGGAAUUAUACGUGUGCAGUAAGAAACAUGAUGACCAAUGCCACGGUGUUCGGCUCCCCAACCCCUGUGGUGGUGCGGGGAGACGUGCUGAUGGGUGAAUAUGAGCCGAAGAUUGAAGUCCAGUUUCCAGACACCCUUUAUGUUUUAAAAGGAUCAUCAGUCAAGCUGGAAUGCUUCGCCUUAGGAAACCCUGUGCCCACAAUCUCCUGGAGGAGAGCUGAUGGAAAUCCACUCCCUGGGAAGAUUAAAAUCAACCACUCCACUGGGGAUCUGGAAAUUCCCUAUUUUCGCCCAGAGGAUGCCGGCAUGUAUGAAUGUGUUGCUGAGAACAGCAGAGGGCGGAAUGUAGCCAGAGGGCAGCUUAUAUUCCAAAACAUUGAACAUCUUCAGUGGACCCAGAUACUAAAAGAUGCCCAUAUGGCCAUUGAUGCUAAUCUGCAGUGGGAGUGCAAAGCAAUUGGUAAACCUAAACCUAGAUAUCGAUGGUUAAAAAAUGGUCAUCCACUGACAGUGAAGGAGAGAGUUCAUGUUGAAGCUGGCAAACUGACAAUUUCCACAAUUAGAUUGUCAGACUCUGGGAUGUAUCAAUGUGUGGCAGAGAAUGAAUAUGGAUCUCUGUAUGCAAGUGCAGAGCUUAAGGUUGUAGCCUUGCCUCCUGACUUUACCCACCGGCCUGUGAAAAAGUCCACUGUUAUCCAGAGAGGGGGAGAGGUGGUGUUAGAGUGUAGGCCAAAUGCUUCACCCAGAGCCAUGAUUUCCUGGUGGAGAAGAGGCAAGCUUCUGAGGAAUAGUAAGAGACAGAUAAUCCUGGAGGACGGCACUCUACGCAUCACCAACAUCUCGAAAUCUGACGAGGGAAGUUACACAUGUGUGGCCAGAAACCACUUUGGAGCCUCCAGCAGCACAGGAGCUCUGGUAGUGAAAGAACCAACCAGGGUCAUUGUUCCACCUUUAAGCUCAGAUGCUAGUGUGGGACAGAGCCUUGUCCUACCCUGCGAGGUAUCCAGUGACUCAUCCCUGAGCCCCGUUUUCAAAUGGUUUUUCAACGGCAAAGCCAUAGACUUCAGCAGGCAGGAACACUUUGAGAUCAUUGGAGCGGGAUUUUCAGGUGACCUGAUGGUGAGGAACAUCCAGCUAAGGCACUCUGGAAAGUAUGUAUGUAUGGUGCACACUGAGAUCGACACCGUUUCAGCAGCAGCAGAACUAACUGUAAGAGGACCUCCUGGUGCCCCAGAGAGCCCAGUGGUGUCCAGUAUUACCGACACCACAGUGCAGCUUUCCUGGGGCUCUGGACCAGACAACCACAGUCCCAUCACCAUGUACAUUGUGCAAGCUCGGACCCCCUUCUCUGUUGGUUGGCAGACUGUGAGGACAGUUCCAGAUCCUGUGCCUGGACAGAUGAUGCAUGCUACUGUGAAAGAUUUGAGCCCCUGGGUGGAAUACCAAUUCAGGGUGCUGGCAAUAAACAGUGUUGGUGUUGGAGAACCCAGCAUACCGUCAGAGCAGAUACGAACUAAAGCGGCAGCACCCAAGGUUGCACCAGUUAAUGUGAGUGGCGGCGGGGGAGCUCGAGGAGAGCUUGUCAUUACGUGGGAGCCAGUACCAGAGGAACAGCAGGGUGGAGAGGAAUUUGGCUAUCUUAUAGCUUUCCGCCCACUCGGCAGCAGCACCUGGAUCAAGACAGUGUUGGCUUCAGCAGAUGUGUCCAGAUAUGUGUACAGAAAUGAUAGCAUUGCACCACUGUCCCCGUUUGAAGCUACUGUGGGUGUGUACAACAGCAUAGGAGAGGGGCCGUUCAGUCGUAUUGUAAAAGUGCUCACUGCAGAGGAAGAGCCAUCUGUGGCCCCGUCUGGGGUAUGGGCUCGGUCUGUGUCUGCCUCUGAAGUUGAGGUUUACUGGGAACCAGUUCUGUCCAGGUCAACCACUGAGAAGAUCAUAGGAUAUGAGGUUGUCUUUUGGAAGGAAAGUUCUCAGCAGACUGAGGCAGACAGAGUGAGAGUUACCAACUGCACAGCUCUGCUCUCCGGUUUGACAAGCAGUACAGUCUACCUGAUCUCAGUCAGAGCCCAGAACAGUGCCGGAUUUGGACCAUCCAGCCCUUCUUUCACUGUCACCACCAAGAAACCACCGCCAAGUCAGCCUCCCGGAGCCAUUGAGUGGAACCUGACCAACUCAAAGAUCUUUUUAAAAUGGGAGCACGUCAAGGCAUUGCAGAAUGAAUCAAAGGUGACGGGAUACAAGGUUAUGUAUCGCCAGAGUUGGCAUGGCAGGACUACCAUACUGGGAACCAAUAAGACCAGCAUCGAGCUGCAGGUCCCUUUUGGAGAGGACUAUAUAAUUGAAAUUACAGCUCUUACUGAGGGCGGAGAUGGCAUCAGCAGUGGCCCCAUUCAUAUACCAAAGAUGUCCAGUCUGAACUCAAAAGGAUGUGUGGGCUCAAUUCCAGCUGAGAUGAGCUAUUUCACGCUCUUUCUUCUUUAUUUAAUAGUGCAUCUACUGAUACCUUUAUAUUUAAUAUAAAAACUGUGGAUAUUUUCUUCUACAUGUGAGUUUUGUUGCAAAAACUACUUCGACUAUAAAAUAUUUUAGUCAUGGGUUAUAAAACAACUGAAAAUGGAUUUGUAGAACCAUGGUAAAAUGUUAUCAAAUGCCCACAAAGUGCCACUCUUAGACAACAGUAAAAAAUAUUCUCUCACUUGGCUGCAACACUGCAGAAUGCAUAAAUUUGUUAAACCUGAAGAGCAGCCCUUCUUUCCUUUUACUGAUGGAGGAAUUCAAGCACAAGUCCAUGUCCUAGCCUCCCUUUUUAUGUCUCAGUGUGCACCACCUAUUCAGUCAGUUUUGAUAUAAAAUGUCUACCUUUGUGCAAAACAUAGUCCUCUCAACCAGCAGUUUGACAGAAGGUUUUGCUCAAACUGAUAUUAUCAAUUCCAAAUGUGUUGAUUUCAAAGUUUAUGGUAAGACAAAAGUCAACACAAUUUUCUUGCCAGUUUGGAGCAGCAAUUGUUCUCUGAGUGUUCAGCAUCCAAUCCAAAGGAUAAUAGUUUUGUAAAUUAAACCACUGCAGGUUGAAUACAAAACAACUACUGUACUUGGUCAGCUUUUUCAAUUUUUUUUUUAUAUUUUCUUACAUGGUGCAGCUUUACCUCUGCCAAAGAAGUUAUGUUUGUAGUCAGUUUGUGUGUUUGUCUAUCCGUCUGUGUACAGGAUAACUUUAAAAGUUAUAAACAGAAUGAUAAAAAAUUUUUGUCCAAGGUACAACCUCUUAAAUUUUGAUGAUGAUCCACAAUAUAAUCCUGAUUCAGGAAUUUUUGAAAUAAUCCUUUAGCAUUAUUUGGCAAAACAAGCAAUGUCCUCCUUAACCAGAGAUUUGCAGCAGUGACUAUUUACAGCUUCAGCAUCAGACUCAAAAUAGUUGUGAUUCAUUAUGCUA